AUGGAGUUCAAGCUGGAGGCUCACCGCAUCGUCAGCAUCUCCCUGGGCAAGAUCUACAACUCGCGGGUCCAGCGCGGCGGCAUCAAACUGCACAAGAACCUGCUGGUCUCCCUGGUGCUGCGCAGCGCCCGCCAGGUCUACCUGAGUGACCCGUGCCCGGGCCUCUACCUGGCCGGUCCCGCGGGGAGCCCGGCGGUGCCGCCGCCGCAGCCCGGGGAGCCGGCGGCCGGGCCGCCCGCGGGCUGGGGCGAGCCGCCCCCGCCGGCCGCCGGUGCUGCCUGGCCCGAGAUCGAGCCGCAGCCGGAGCGCCCCGCUGACCCGGCCGCGCCGCGGGCGGGCGACGCGGAGCCCGGGGCCCCGAUGACGGGCGCAGGGGAAACUGUUCGGGGCGGAGAGGUGGAGGCGGCGGAAGCUGCCUGGCGCCGCGUGGAGGGACCGCGCGAGGCGGCGGAGGGAGGAGCCGGGGGCCCCGCCGGAGACUCAGACGGCUUCCCCGAGGGGCUCCGUGGGGCGCGCCGCUACUGCGGCUGCCCCCCAGGAGCGGAGGACCGGCCGGGGCCGCUGGGCGCGUGCCCCCGAGUUGACUGCUGCUGCGCGGCGCGGCCCGCCGAGGACGAGCCCCCAGCACCGCCCGCCGUCGGCCCCCGGAAGCGCGGCGCGGCGGGCGUGGGUGGCGGCCCGGCGCCCGGCUCCAGCCCGCUGAAGAAGCCCCGCCGGAACUCAGAGGAGCAGUCGGGCGGGGCGGCGGAGGAGGAGGAGGAGAUGGAGACCGGUAACGUGGCUAACCUCAUUAGCAUCUUCGGUUCCAGCUUCUCGGGACUCUUGCGGAAAAGCCCCGGGGGCGGCCGGGAGGAAGGCGAGGGAGAGGAGAGCGGUCCGGAAGCCGCGGAGCCCGGGCAGAUCUGCUGCGAUAAGCCGGUGCUGAGAGACAUUAACCCUUGGAGCACAGCCAUCGUGGCCUUCUAA